UUGAGAUAUACGAAACAGAAAUGCUGAGAAGAAAACCCAGCAAAAUCGAAGUCAAAAUCGAAGACAAAGAAGAACUCGAAGAAGCUCGCAAACGCGCCGCCCUCAUCGCCGCCUCUUCCUCCACCAGUACCACCACCGCUACCGGCGGCGCUGCCACAGCCGGUGCCUCCUCUCUCCUCCAACACUUCGACCGCUCAACAGUCGAUCCCUCCUCCAAAAACAACCGCAUCGGCCUCAAUUAAUGGAGGUUGAAGUGAAGCUCCGAUUGCCGGAUUCAGCAGCACAUCAGAAGGUUGUCUCACUUUUCUCAUCGUACCACAAAAAAACACACCACCAGCGUAACACUUUCUUCGAUGGCGCUGCCGGGGAGUUGAGCUCGAGCCGGGCUGUUCUCCGGCUCCGAUUCUAUGAGAAUUCGGAGAACGUGAAAUGCAUGGUGUGUCUCAAGGCUAAAGCUGUAAUUAUCGACGGUGUUAGCCGAGUGGAAGAGGAUGAAGAGGAAUUAGAUCCGAAAAUUGGAUAUGAAUGUGUUUCUAACCCUAGAAAACUGAUGGAGGUAGAUUCUAGGGUUUUGAAAAGGGCAAGAGAGGAAUUUCACGUUGGGGAGGAAGGGUUUAUUGGAUUGGGUGAGUUUAAGAAUGUGAGGAAUGUGUUUGAGUGGUGUGGUGUGGAAUUGGAGGUAGAUGAGACUAUGUAUGACUUUGGGACUUGUUAUGAGAUUGAAUGUGAAAGCUUGGAGCCAGAGAAAGUUAAAGCAAUGAUUGAGGCAUUUUUGAAGGACAAUGACAUUGAUUACAGCUAUUCACAAGUGUCAAAGUUUGCUACUUUCCGGGCCGGAAAGUUGCCUUAGUUUACCUUCUAGAUGGUACCAUAUCUCGAAGGCUUGAAGUGUUCAUUGCCUCAAUAUUUUUGCAGUUUAAGGCUUACCAUCUGGCAUAUGUUUGAGAAGACUUGACAGACAUGAAAUAAUAUUGUGGUUUCCUAAUCACUUACCCUCCUGCUGAUAAGAGUUUCACUAAACCUCUCGAAUAUUAGUUUCUUAUUUUAUUUUUGGAGUACUAUUUUGAACAUCAACUUCUAUUUGUGGAAAUGGAGUAUGAAGCUUAAUUUGGACUUUAUGUUUCUCACCUA